CCUCGUGCACCAGUAGGUUUCGAUGAAUCAGCUCCGCAGAAAGUUCGCCAAUCUGUGGAACCCAGCGCAGCAAGAGGAUGAAGGUCCCGCGCAACCACAUGGACCAAACGGCAACAAUCUAAGCCGCCGAUCCAGCAGCAGCAGCAGCUCCUCCAUGGGGGUGCCUGCCGCUCUCGAACUCGACGCUGCUGGGCGAUCUUCUCCUCGGCGUGAUGGCCAGGACGAGAAGAAAGCCGACAACGAUGGAGCAGACGAGCAUACCUCGCCUCCUCGCCUGCUUUCCUUGUCGAACCCUUGGGGCACCUCCGACCCAAACCCGCCGCCCGGGUGGGCCUCAUCCUCCUCUCACCCGGCCUCUCAGCGAAGAUCUCACGGGAGACUUCUGCACGUGCGACACCACAGCGGCAGUGAUCGAUGCGAAAAUGGCACAGGAGUAGGCGAUGACAGACCCUCAACACACACCGACCUCGGCUCUCCCGCCGCCGCCCUAGGAGCGGCGGCAGUAUUAGGAGCGGCGGCAGACGGAGGCGGCCGCCGACGUCGCACUCGGGAGGAGGAAGAGGAGGGCGCCUACCGCACCGGUACCUACUUGGGCAACACGAAACGGCAUCGUGCCGAGGAAAAUGAGGAACAGCAGGAACUGCUCGCCGCCAACGAAGGAGAGGAAGGUUUGGACCGGCGGCGCCAAGCCUCCUCCCCCUUCCUCCGGCGAACCUGCCCAGCCGACAGUACGUUCGUUUCGCCGGCGGCAGCGAAACGCUCCGUCAGCUACUGCGCCUCCGCCACCGGCGUGCCCACAAAUGCCGUCGCCGCAGACGAGGAGGAGCUGGAGCUGGAGCACCGCCGAUCUUCGACGCCAUCCCGUCUCAUCUUCCGCGCCGGCUUCUUCAAGGCGCUGCUGGGGACUAAGGCCGUCGCCAAGCGUGCGAGGUCGGCCACCAAGCUCAAGAGGAAGACGCGCGAGCUGCAGGCCGAGAUAAUCCGCCAGGCAUUUCACUCGGCGCACCCGCCUCAUGAGGGCGGGAGCGACGAUGGCGGUGAGGAGGAGAGGAAGGAGGAGGGCGUCCCGCGCAGGAUCAAAGGAGCAACGGGGGAGCUGUCGGCGCGAGAGGAGGAGGGUGUGGAGAUGUGGCGGCGGGUAAACGUAGCGGAGGAGGAGCACGGGAAGGCGGCGGAAGAGAAGGCGAUGGCGAGGAUGCGGAGGCUUAAGAACCUGCGGGCCGAGGCACUGAUGGCGUUCGGACAAGCGCAGGAGGCGCUCGCGGACCUCGUGGCCACUGCAAACACCGCCUUCGACGCAGCUGAGGGUCCCGACAUGGCCAAGCUUAGAAGCCUAUUUGCUGGAGGAGCGGACAGCCCCAGCUCACGAUUCAAGGCAAGAUGGAAUCAGCCAUUAUUGGACGACGAAGAAGUGAGAAGUCUCCAAAAGAAGUACUCGGCGCUGGAGGCUUUCCUGAAGCAGGUCAAGGAGGCCAACGAUGCCGGAAACUCGGCGGGGCUCGAGGCUUUGCUAAGCAGCGACACGACAGAGAGUGUCAAGAAUCAGCCAGAGGUGGUGUCGGCAUCGGAAACCCUGAAAGCGGCAAGAAACAAGGACACAGAGGACGCGAGGGCAAAGGCGGUGGAAGCGGCAGCCGCGGCGGCAGAAGCGGCGAAGGCUCAACAGGAGAAGGACCAGGCUGCGGCGGCGUUGGCUGCCUCCCAGGCCCAAGCCGACGCGGCCGAUCAAGCAAAGGCGGCGGCGGAGUCUAAGGCGGUGGCCGCUGCCUUGAAAAAGGCGCAAAACGAGGAGCAGGAGAUUGCGCAGGCGGCGCAGGCGGCAGCGGCAGGAGCAUUGGUGGCGGAGAAGGCCAGGUUCGCGGAGAAGGCAAGCGAGCUCAAGGCUAUUGUCCAGGGGCGUCGGGCCGCUGUAGAUGAGAUCCUGGCAAGCACUGACCCAGGGGUGAAAAAGAUCAGGAUGGCCUUCAAGAAGUCAUACCAGGGUUGCCUCAACAAGCUCUCGGCGACGCCUUCGACGGUCAGGCAGGUGGCACGGGACAUCCAGGUCAAGGCGGAAGCGCCGCUGGCGGACGCGAGGAGGGCGGGCUGGGAGGCAAACGCAAAAGAGUUUCUAUUCUUUAACCUCGCCGACAAGACAGCCCAAGUGUUGUCGCAUAUUCUCGUGGCACACCGGGGACUGAUCAAGGGUCCUAUCGUGUCUUUUCGGUUUCGAUGGUUCAAGCUGGUGGACUAUUCGGAGCGGGAUCACUUCAGCGGGGACUCGUACCGGAUGGCUUUUCCGCUUGCCUGUGUGGCGGUGGACCUGAUGGAGGAGCAUGAGGGACUGUCGGAGCUCUUCCUCGGCACUCUGUACUUGAGGUGCCCGUCGGCCGUGCCCGCUCUGUCCUUCGACACUGCUGGCUUUUCCGAUGACGAGGUGAUGUCGCUGCUAGGACAGACGGGGGGCGAGGACCUUCCCACGUUUCUGAACCGCACCAAGGGGCUGGUGGUGCUUAUGGCCGCCGUCAUGCAGGGCUGGUGUUGGCUGGCUCGCUUCGUCAACGGGAUGGCGGGGUACGUCAAGAAGGGGAACCCGCCGCCGGUACCGGCCGGCCCAGUCCUGGAGUGGUUCCUGAAGGUGGCCGGGUUCGAGUUGCAGCGGCACUACGGCAGGGCGUUCGACAAGGUCGUGCAGGCCAUCAAGACUGAGAUCCUGCCUAUCCUCCUGCCGAAAUCCGUUGUACCCCACCUCCUUGACGUUGUGAUGGAAGACUACGAGGGGAGAGGCCGACGUUUUCUGCCUCCGGCGGGCAGGGAUAAGGAGUUUAGAAACUUCCGGGUGUGGGGGGACACGUGAUUUGGUUUUGAGUUCGUCCAGAUUAGAUUGUCCUUGUUUGCAGUGGCAGUGGUGGGGAGAAAGCAUCUGUGGCCAUUCAUUAAAUGAGUCGGUCUUUCGCGUUGUGUACUCCGUAAGUUGGUGUCCGAAGGAUUAGCAGGUUUUUGAUGGAGGAACUUGACGAGUGCAGUUCUUGAUUUUGGUGGGGUUCGGCGAUUAAGCUUGUGGUUGUUUUUCUUUGGCGUGUGCCGCCGAGCUUGAUAUGCGUGCCUUGCAAU